UUUACGAUGCAACACAGACGCAACUGAAGCAAACAACAAAAACAUAAUCUAGAAACUCAAAAAAGAAACAAACUCCUUUCAUAAUUUUUAUUCGAUUACCCAACACUUAAGGCACCGCCUUAGAUUGUCGGACAACGUUGUUGCAGAGAAAUGAUCAGACCAUAAUCAAUUCAUUCGCAUGUAUAUAUAUAUAUAUGUUUGUGUAAACAAGGAAUUCUUAUAAGUUGAAAAGAGUGAAGACCUUAAAGCUGAAAUCAGAGAGUGAAGAAAGAAAUGGUAGGAAGAAGAGGAAGCCCUUUGUUGAGAUGGAAUACGAAACAGGAAAACGUGAGCCAUGGCUUCUCGCCAUCUGACCUUCAAGCCCUCUCUGCCAUUUGCGAGGCUAUUUUGCCUCCUGUUCCAUUGCAGAGCUUAGAUCUUGAGAUGAAGUUGAAGGUUUUACGCAAUGAUGCACUCUUAUCUUUCUUCAAGUCUUCUUCUGGGCCUCAUGUUCGACCAGAUGAGGUCGCAGAGCUGCUGGCGACAAAGGCAAUACCAGUGACAGUUAUAGUGGUGAGAAUAGUUUUGAGAAUUCUUACAUUCAGAUUGGGGACCUUGCUGCUUUGCGGGUUAGUCUGUCUUGAUAAGGCGAAUUGGCCUUUUCUUCUCAAAUUUUCUGAAAUCUCUCUGGAGAAGAGGGAGAAGGUUCUUCAGAGAUGGAACACACAGUGGUAUAACCCUUUAGCAAGAAUCGGUUUUAUGAUGAUCAAAGCCAUCUUCUUGUUCUAUUACUUCACAUGGACAGAUGAAAAUACAGAAAACCCAGCAUGGGAUGCAAUUGGUUAUAGCGUCGACAUGAAUGAAAACGAGGGCAUGAAACACAAGGAAAGACCUCUAGAGAAAGGGAUCAUCGAGACUGAUAAAGUAAAUGAGAUGACCAUCAAGCAACGUAUGAUCAACAAAGGUCUUAAAGUCACAGAGGACAGAGAAAGUGACACUUACAAGAUCGAGUGCGAUGCAGUGGUAGUGGGUUCUGGCUGUGGUGGAGGAGUUGCAGCUGCAAACCUAGCUAAGUCAGGCCUUAGAGUGGUAGUUCUCGAGAAAGGGAACUACUUUGUCCCCAGAGACUACUCAGCACUCGAGGGUCCUUCCACGUUUGAGAUGUUUGAGUCAAAUAGCUUGUUGAUGACUCAUGAUGGAAGGUUCCGGUUCAUGGCAGGAUCAACUGUCGGAGGUGGCUCUGUGGUAAACUGGGCAGCAGCCUUAAAAACACCUGAUGCUAUCAUAGAGGAAUGGUCAGUGCAACGAGGGAUUUCAACAUUUUCUAGCGAGAAAUAUAAGGCAGCGAUGGAUAGAGUCUGCAAGAGGAUAGGUGUCACUGAGAGAAUCGUCAGAGAAGGGUUUCAGAACCAGAUUCUGCGGAAAGGUUGCAAGAAGCUUGGGUUGGAUGUGACAACAGUGCCAAGGAACUCAACAGACGGACAUUAUUGCGGUAGUUGCUCGUUUGGAUGCCCAACUGGAGACAAAAGAGGGACAGAUUUAACCUGGCUGGUUGAUGCAGUUAACAACAAUGNAUUCUAUUACUUCACAUGGGUAACGUCUUCCAUCUUCCUCUGCAUGUUUCUGUAACAAGCCAUUUAGUUUCUUUAGAGAUUAAAAAGGUGCAAACAUGAAUCAUAUGGCAUAUAUACUUUCAUGAUUGUGCUGGAAGUGAUUAGUUUGAUGUGUGGUUCUAUGCAAUGCGCUCAACAAANGUUGAAGAAUCCAAACAUCGGUCGCGGUCUCCAUAUCCACCCUAUCCUGAUGGUUUGGGGCUACUUCCCGGAAAAAAAAUCAGACUUCGAAGGAGCAGCUCAUGAGGGAGAGAUAUUGACUGCACUGUACUAUGUGCAUCCAAUGGACUCUACCACACCUAACAUCACACUGGAGACUCCUGCUAUAGGACCAGGUACUUUCGCAGCUCUCGUCCCGUGGGUCUCUGGGUCAGACAUUAAGGAGAGACUUGCCAAAUACUCAAGGACGUCUCAUAUUUUUGUCAUGGUGAGAGAUGAAGGUGUGGGAGAGGUGAAAGGGGGCAUUGUCAAAUACAGAUUAACGAAAGCCGACGAAGAGAAUCUGACGAUUGGGUUAAAGCAAGCACUGCAGAUCUUAGCUGCAGCAGGAGCAGCGGAGGUGGGCACAUACAGGAGCGAUGGGCAGAGAAUAAAGUGUGAUGGAAUGAAACAUAAAGAUCUAGAGGCUUUUUUGCAAACGGUAGAGGCGCCAGCAGGAGUAGUGUCGAUGAGUAAGCAUUGGACUCAUUCAUUCACAGCGCAUCAGAUGGGAUGUUGCCGUAUGGGUGCAACAGAAAAGGAAGGAGCCAUUGAUGGGAAAGGAGAGAGCUGGGAGGCGGAAGAUUUGNGCACUCGAGGGUUCCGGUUCAUGGCAGGAUCAACUGUCGGAGGUGGCUCUGUGGUAAACUGGGCAGCAGCCUUAAAAACACCUGAUGCUAUCAUAGAGGAAUGGUCAGUGCAACGAGGNGUAGAAUAG